GGAAGAUACAUAACGCUAGAGUUGUGGUAGAACUCUGUUGAACGCCAGUGCUCAAUUUUGAACUUUGUGGAGUGGAACAGGACGGUCCAGGCCUAUCAAGGCUUCUCUUCAAGGUCUCAUCUCCUCCUAUCACAAUGUCGGCCUUGGAGCAAGCCAUCGACGAGCCCGGAGAGGUUCCCGAAUUGGGUUCUGAGCACGAAAAUGAUCCCGUCAAAGUAUUCCACGAUCUCCAACCCGCUCCGUUUCCCGCCAAUCCUGCCCUCUAAGAAGAGCCUGAACCUCCACCAUAUCAGGCCUGGUUUGAUCCCAACGAAACGAUUUUGGCAGGAAACAGUGAGGUCACGUUCUUCAUCACACCGAUGGUCACGCCUAAAGCCAUGAAACCCGAUUUCAUCAGUAAAACUCGCUUGGUCACGCCCUUAAGUAAACUAAGAGGCACUGCUCCUGAUGACUUGGUUCUGGAAUGCGAAUGGGAGGCGUGUUCAGAGCCAGCCUCUUCUAACUUGCUAGAGUAUUUGUCUCAUGUCUCAGGUCAUUUGAAGGAUGUAACGGUUAGAUUGACUGAGAGUGGGGAUUCCAGUACGGUCGAUCGGGUUUUCGUUUGUCUCUGGCAGGAAUGCGGCUUUGAAACGCCCCGAGCGCGAGAAAUGAUUCGACACAUUAACUAUCAUGCUUAUCACACCAAAAUUAAGUGGUUAGGCCGGAUGGCCAUCGAGAAAGCGGGUUUAAAUAGGUGUAAUCUGGACGAUCAUCAGCGCAAUUGUGUGCCCGAUGUGACGAUGGCACUGAAAUGCGGCUGGGUCGGCUGUGAUAUGGGCGUACAGGAAUUUGAAGAGGUCCAGAAAUUCUACUGGCACGUGGACAGUCACGGCGAGGAGAUGCGGCAUGUCAAGGGAGAGAUCGCUUGUCAGUGGGCGGAUUGCCAGGUCAAGGUGGGCAGUGCGUCCAAAUUAAAGGGUCAUUUAAAGACUCACAGUCAAGAGCGAGCCGUUGGAUGUCCCAAUUGCGGUGGUCUCUUCGCGUCUCGCUUCAAACUGAUGGAUCAUUGCGAUCGACAGAUUUUGGGCGACAGUCAUAAAUGCUCGUAUUGCAACAAGGGUUUUGCCAAUGAGCGCCUCUUAAGGGAUCACAUGCGGUCUCAUGUGAAUCACUAUAAGUGUCCUUACUGCGAUAUGACCUGUGCCACGCCCUCAAAUUUAGUGUCCCACAUCAAUUAUCGUCACAACGAAGAGCGACCCUGCGAAUGUCACGUUUGUGGCAAGGCUUUUAAAACGGAGAGUGCUCUCAAGAGCCAUUUACGAAGUCAUUUGAGCACGUUCGAAGAGGUGUGUCCGUAUGAAGGCUGCGAAUUCAGCCGGAGAAGCCGGAAAGCCAUUCUCAAUCACAUCCGGAGGGAUCACGAGAAACUCGGGGGCAUGUAUCUGUGUCAUCUGUGUGACAAACGCUUCACUUGCGGCGAGAACCUCAGUCGACAUCUCAUCCGGGUGCACAAAUUCAAGUUGCCCAGUGGGCAUUCCCGAUUUCGGUACAAGAAAGACGACGAAGGUUUUUACCACCUACAAACCGUUCGAUUCGAGAGUGAAGAGGUGUGCGAGCCCAUUGCUAUGGAGGAGGAGGAAGAGGUGGAACCAGAAUCGGACUUUUAAGUCAACAUUUAGUGCCGACGAUUCUCACGUACUUGCCUUUAGAAUGGUGAUUUUUUUUUUAUCUCCGCCACUUGUAGUGGUUUGACUGUGCUACAAAUACUAUGUUUAAAUUCCGGUAUAGUGAUUUGGAUAUAGAAACGAAUUUACCUGGCAA